AUGGACCAGCUGACAACCUCCGAGCUUAAUCGUUUGAUCACCGAAGAAACCCGCCAAGCAGAUGACAUCGAUGAUGUGGGGCAUCUAUUGCCCUUCAUCUUCAAGUCGUUUAACGCCGACCUUUUACCCACUGCAGCCUCCCUUAGAGGUUCAAAUAAAAAGCCACUCUAUGACUCUACCAAGAAAACAUGGCCUUUAGCGUGUUCCGAGAAAGGUCAGGCCAUCGAGAAAAUGUUCCCGUCUUUCCUCAACGCCAUCACCCAUGCGCUUGCUGAAUCAUUUCCCGCACAACCACUUCCGCCACAAUGGUACGGUUCAAACUCUACCACACCCAUCGGAGAUAGCCUCAUUCAGCGGAAGCCUGACCUCUGCCUGUCAGAUGACGUGACGCUGCAGUGGAAUAAUAUCCUUGUAGUCGCCGAGAUGACCGCAAGCACAUUCUCCCUUUCAAUGCCCGCCGUAAAAACGCUUGACACAAAGGCGUACCUCGUUUUCAGAGAACAACCAUGGAGACGUUUCGUACUUUUUCUCUCCUUCACCCAUGAACAUCGCGAACUUUGCGUGCACCUAUAUGAUCACUCGGGCGGCAUCGUUACCCCAGUGAUUGACAUACAUGAGCAACCUGAUGCUUUCAAAUACAUCAUGGCAUCCAUCGUUUUUGGUAGCCGUAACUGCAUCGGAUUCGACCCGACCAUCUCCAUAAAUCUAAAGAUGACGCAACUGUUGUCUGAGACAUUUUGGGCUCGGAAUAUCAAGAAGGCUGUCGCUAGAGAGAAUAAAAUACUUCAGUCCUGCGAGCAAGCGUCUACAAACCCACAGAAACAAUUUCACUCGCUUCCCGAACAUCUUCCAAGUCCAUUGCCUCCCACCGAGCAGCCGUCCAAGGAGAAGUCCACGUUGCCCAACCCCAUCCCCACAAACUCCAAGCAGACUCCUCCCCUUGUCAACUCGUCCGAUAUCAUAGGAAAAAUCACCGUCAAUAAAAAUGAAUACGAGCUGUUGAAGGUUCUAUUCUCCCAUCAAGGACUCGUAGGCCGCAGAACAGUGACGGGUGGCAAAGAUGUUGUCUUGAACGAGGUGAAGAUGCUAGAAGCUCUAAAAGGUGUCCCAGGUGUUCCCAGACUUGUGGAAUAUUGGCUGGUUGAGAUGGCGCCAGACCAAGUCGACGAUACACAAUUAUAUCGCCAGAAGAUCUAUAGUAGUACAGCCGGCAUGUAUCGCACACAUGUCCGUCUUGUCCUGAAACCCAGGGCUCGUCCUUUGCACGAGUUUCGAAGCAGGAAAGAACUUGUCAAAGCAAUACGUGAUAUCGUGCUUGUUCAAAAGUGUGCGGUCGAAAAGCACAAUAUUUUGCACAGAGACUGCAGUCUUAAUAAUAGCAUGAUAGAAGACACUGACGAUGGCAGUCGAGGGGCGUUGAUAGACUGGGAAUUCGCAGCACGUAUCACGUCAGACAAUCUGUACCCUGCCGGAGGAACGGGAACGAUACCUUUCAUGUCCAUCGACGUUAUUCAGGCAAUGAGCACUCUGGAAUACCAACAAAGUCAGACAAUGGCAGAAGAGCGGAAGAAGGCCACGGACUCCUCCACCCGCCAGGAGGUACCCAAACUCAGGCAUACCUACCACAACGACCUUGAAUCUGUGUUUUAUGUCUUUGCCUGGAUCUGCAUCAUGUUCAAAGGGCCUUGUGGUCAAGAGCGCCACCUUGAAGACGUAAACAGUGAUUUCAAAAGGGCGGACAUUUGGCUGCCACAGCAGUGGCAUGGCCCGCCUGAAAAUGCAAGUGCAAUAGCCGCGUCCAAGUACUUCUUUUUCUUCAAGAGGACAUUGUGCAUAGCCAAACAGUUCGAUCCCUAUUUCAAGGACCUUGUUCCCCUCGCAGAAGAGUGGGCUGAAAUCAUCAAACAGAAGGAUAUGAAGAUGGAGUUCGAUGACAUAUCUUCCUUGCUCGACAAGCACCUCGCCAGACUUCCGGACAAUGAAACUUCCCUUGACUUUCAGACGUCAUCAAACAAGCUGGCAAAGAGGAUGGGGGAGCCGGAGAAGGACGUUGUUACUCCCAAGCGAAAUAGGGUCGUUUGA